CCUUUGAUGACUUGUUGGUCAACAUCCCAUAGCUUUUUUUCUUGGUUUCAUACUUUUUUAAAACAUCUGUGCAGACAGUAUUUUCAGCUGCAUAGGUGGCCAGAUUCAAAAUGCCAAAAAUUGCAAUUGUUCAAGCGGGGACCCCACUAUUUGAUAAACCAGCAACUCUGGAAAAAGUUAAGAAAAAUGUGGAAGAAGCAGCUGGAAAUGGAGCUGAACUAGUGCUCUUUCCUGAAGCUUUUAUUGGUGGAUAUCCAAAAUGGAACAGCUUUGGAAUCACAAUGGGCACACGAACUCCAGAAGGAAGGAAAGAGUUUAAAAGAUACUUCGAAAACGCCAUCGAAGAGAACGGCGAGGAAUCGAAGCUCAUCGAAUCUCUAGCAGCUCAGAAUAAUAUCCAUAUUGUAAUCGGAGUAGUUGAACGAGAAGCUUCAACCUUAUACUGCUCUGUAUUCUUUUACUCACCCUCCGGUUACCUUGGAAAGCACCGAAAACUCUUGCCAACUGCUCUAGAAAGAUGUGUUUGGGGACAAGGUGAUGGUUCAACAAUGCCUGUGUUUAGUACAAGUGUUGGAAAAAUUGGAAGUGCCAUUUGCUGGGAGAAUUAUAUGCCAUUAUAUCGAAUGACGCUUUACAGUAAAGAAAUCCAAAUCUAUCUAGCUCCAACUGUCGACGAUAGAGAUGUCUGGCUCUCUACCAUGAGGACUAUUGCAUUAGAAGGAAGAUGCUUCGUAGUAUCUGCAUGUCAAUUCCUCAAAUCCUCCGACUAUCCCUUGGAUCACCCACUUCGAAAAGAACACGGUGAAGAUAAAGUCUUGAUUCGCGGUGGAUCAUGCGCAGUUGAUCCACUUGGAACUGUGCUCGUGGAGCCAGAUUUCACAAAAGAAACGAUUCGCUACACGGAAUUCGAUCUUUCUGAUUUAGCUCUUGGAAAAAUGGAUUUAGACGUCGUCGGACACUACAGUAGGCCGGAUGUAUUCCAGUUGAAGGUCAAUGAGAAUUCACAGAGUACAGUAGUUAAGAAGUGAAUUUAAUUUCAAAAUUUAUUGUUCUAGUCUUGGAGGUGUGACUUCAAGGUCCAAUGAAUUUACAAAUAAAACAAUUUUUGUGUGAA